GGACCAAGAUGUCAUUUUUUCAGGAACGGGGUUAUUAUGCCUCUUGUUUGGCUUGUAUUCUCUUUAUUUUCGAAGCUUGAGAUUUGAAUGAGUUUUUGGUGAGGUGUGAGGGAUUCAAUGGAGAGUUCUAAUUUGGAUCAGAAGAUGGGGAGGAAACAUGAUGAUCUUGUUCAUCGAAAGAUAGUUGUGGUUGCAGUUAAAGCUUCGCAAGAUGUCCAUAGGACUGCGUUGGUGUGGGCUCUGACUCAUGUUGUUCAGCCUUGUGAUCAAAUAACUCUUUUGGUUCUGGUUUCAUCACGCAGUUCAGGUAGAAGACAUUGGGGGUUUCCUAAACUAUCAGGAAAUUGUGUAAAUACCCAUAGGAAUUCAAAGACUUCUGGCAACACUUACAGCAAGGAGUCUAAAAUACAAGAUUCCUGUUUCCAAAUGAUCACUCAACUUCCUAAAAUCUACAAUUUGGAGAAGGCAAAUUUUAAGCUUAAGAUUGUAUCUGGAUCACCUUGUGGAGCAGUGGCUGCUGAAUCCAAGAGGGUGCAAGCAAGCUGGGUAGUGAUGGACAGACAACUGAAGAACGAGGAGAAGAAAUGCAUGGAAGAGCUGCAAUGCAAUAUCGUGGUUAUGAAGCAUUCUCAACCUAAAAUUCUUCGACUUAAUCUUUCUGGGAUAUCUGAUACAGAGCAUUUGGCUAGUUCGCCACAUUCUGUGUUGGAUAAAGCAGCUGAAAUGUCUUCUAUUCUUGCUUCAGAUCUUCAUGCUGAAGGCACCGAUUUGACUCGUUCUAGCACUGCUGAAGUAGGAAGCAUGUCACAGUCAAGCUCUGAUCAUGGAACUUCGCCACUUCCUGCCCCUAAAGUAGAAGACAAUUUUGUGAAAGAUGCAAUGUUUAUCACAAAGAAGAAGGCUUUUACUGAUUUAAAUAGUUCUGAGUCUGAUAAUGAAAGUUCAGAUGCUCUGCAAACUUCAAGAUUUCAACCAUGGGCAGCCCAAAUUCUCAGUAAUGAUCUGAAACCAGUUUUUGAAGUUGAGGAACUCUCACAGAAACUGAAUAAACUGGUACAACCGUUGACUCACAAAGCUUUGAUGUACAAGUUCUUUGAUCUAGACUUAAAAGCUGGAAGCAGCACUAAGAGCCAUAAAUCAGUUCCAGACUCUAAUAGGAAUAUCAGAGAAUCUAUUAUUACCUUGUUAAGGAACGCACCUCUGGGACAUCCUCCUCUAUGUUCAAUUUGUAAGAACAAGGCGCCUAUUUUUGGAAAACCUCCCAAAUCUUUUAGUUAUGCCGAACUGAACCUUGCAACUAAUGGAUUUUCUCAAUCUAACUUCUUGGCUGAGGGUGGAUUUGGCUCUGUUCAUAGAGGAAUCUUGCCUGAUGGUCAGGUGGUUGCCAUUAAGCAGCACAAACUGGCGAGUUCUCAGGGAGAUGAAGAGUUCUGCUCUGAAGUUGAAGUUCUGAGCUGCGCUCAACAUCGAAAUGUUGUGAUGCUGAUUGGUUUCUGUGUCGAAGAUAAUAGAAGGCUGUUGGUUUAUGAAUAUAUAUGCAACGGAUCUCUGGAUUCUCAUCUAUAUGAUUCAAAUCAAAGGCCGUUGGAGUGGUAUGCCAGACAAAAAAUUGCGGUGGGUGCUGCGAGAGGAUUGAGAUAUCUUCAUGAAGAGUGUAGAGUUGGCUGCAUAAUUCACAGGGAUGUGAGACCAAACAAUAUCCUCAUCACCCAUGAUUUUGAUGCACUGGUCGGAGAUUUUGGCUUGGCAAGAUGGCAACCUGAUGGGAAGCUCGCCGUCAAGACACGAGUGAUAGGCACCUUCGGGUAUUUGGCACCAGAAUAUGCUCAGAGUGGCCAAGUUACUGAGAAAGCAGAUGUUUAUUCCUUUGGAAUAGUGCUGCUUGAACUUGUAACUGGAAGGAGAGCAGUGGAUAUUAACAAACCAAAAGGCCAGCAGUGCCUAGCUGAAUGGGCUCGCCCAAUUUUAAAGGAAUAUGCCAUUGAUGAUCUCUUAGACCCUCGGCUGAGAAAAAACUACAGCCACCAUGAGGUGUUUUGCAUGCUGCAUGCUGCUUCACUAUGCAUUAAUCGAGACCCAAAUUCCAGGCCUCAUAUUUCUCAGGUUCUGAGGAUUCUGGAGGGCGAUAUUUUCCUAGAACAAAACUGCGUUUCAACGCCACUCGCCAUGAGAAGAUUAAAGGAGUUGGCAGUCAUGAACAGAUCAGCAACAGCAAUGGCUUCAGCGCGAUGAGUAUGUUAUGAGAGAUUAAUGGCCAUAUAUGUUUGAUGGGGGGAAGGGCAUUCUUCGUCUUCUUCUCUGAUGUAAUAUUUUAAAUAUCACUGUUUUUUUGUCUCGAGUAAUCGGUUUCAACCUGUUUA